GAGGAUCCGGACACGGGACCUCCAGCAACCAAAACAGUGGAAAGACAACACGCUGCUCCAGUCUUGCUCACAUUCCCUCUCGUCUCGCAUACUUAAAAUGACGGACUAUAAAGAAGAGCAGACUAACGAAAUCGAAGCGUUAGAAUCUAUAUAUCCAGAGGAGUUUGAGAUUUUAGAUGUAGAGCCAAGACAUAAAUUUAAAAUCAUCGUGAAAUCAGAGGGAUCUGAUUCUUUGGACGAUAUUAAAGCAGAGCCAGCCGAGAUUGCCCUUAAUUUUGAAUACACUCCUUCAUAUCCCGAUGAGCCACCAAUUAUGGAGAUUAUUCCUAUAGAAAAUGUGGAAGAAGAAGACCUAGAUGAUCUGCGAGAGCAGUUGCAAGCACAGUGUGAAGAGAACCUUGGCAUGGUGAUGGUUUUUACGUUAGUGUCGUAUUCUGUGGAGUGGCUUACCACACACAUGGAGGACUUGGCACGGAAUGCAAAAGAGGAAUUUGAACGUAAGAAAAAGGAACAGGAGGAAGCAGAUCGGAAAAAAUUUGAGGGCACUCGAGUGACAGUGGAAACAUUUUUAGUUUGGAAAGCAAAGUUUGAUGCUGAAAUGGCUGCACUACGGUCAGAGAGAGAAAGGGAAGAAGAGAAGAACAAGAAAUUUACUGGGCGUGAAUUGUUCCAAACAGACCAGACCCUUAAUGAGUCCGACCUGAGCUUCUUGGGUGAUGGAGAGGGAGAAGUUACUGUAGAUGAAAGCUUAUUCCAAGACCUAGAAGACCUUGAUCUUGAUGAUGAGGAUGACGAAGACUAUGUGCCUGGCGCAGAUGAAGGGCUAUCCGAUUAAGAGUUUCUAUUAAACACCGGAACAGAAGAUGUUCAUCAUUAUUUGUAAAUCCAUCUCAUCAUUUCUUUGUCACUCAUUUCAUUGUUAGAAAACAAAUUACAAGAAAGGCUUUGGCAAUAACACUUGCAAUUUGUUACAGAUGUGCAAAAUAUGCUUAUAGCAAACUAUAAAUGUUUGAAAAUAAUUUGUGUACAGGAGUAGCAUUUGACAAAUGAGUGUUUAAAUUGCUAAUUUGCUAAAAUGAGGAUCACUCAUUAGAUUAAUGUUAAGUUCGAAAAUUAACAUAUGUUUAUAUACACAUACAGUACCUACAACUAUUGUCAAGAGCUGAAAUUUAAGAAAAACAAAUUGAAAACAAAUUGAAGUUUUAAAAGCAUUUGUCCGACUGCAUCCAGCAGGAUGUAUACAUGGUUGAAUAUGUAACUUGUUUCAUCUUUCACUAAUUGACAAUAACCUGUAAUUAUCAACGGAUAAGGGCUAUUUAUUCAGACAUAUUUUAAAAUUUGUAUUGGUUGCUGUCCAGUAAUACCACUAAGUUUUUAUUAGAAUAAAAUUAUAUUGAUAUAAGAUACCUUAUAUUUAUCUAUAUUCUUUGAUGUCUUGUUCCCACUGGGAACUCUCCUUCCUUUGAGGAAGUGGCCUUAUGUAGAAUACAGUAUUACCUAGACACUUCACCCUCCUUCAAGUGUUAGACUUUAUACAUUUGUUGAUAAAUAACACAUGCUGGUUUGACAGCCAUAUAAGAAAACCAAUUGCUAUGUGUUUGCAGCUGUACAAUAAUGCGUACAAUUUGAAUAUCACCUCUGCAAGUGCAGACAGUUGAGAAGGAAAAGCAACAGAAAAGUCUAUGGAAAAAUAAUCUUACUAGAAAUAGGAAGUCAGUGCUCAUUGCAAGGGUGGUGUGUGGAGGAUUGGAAAAAUGUCUUUCUGUGUACAGUAUAAUUCAAUACAUGAAUUAUUGAUUAACAAUUUAUAUUCAUUCAUGCCUUUAACCUUUCGGACACAAGUCAUAACCCACCAACAGAAAAUAAGUAGAGCUAUUACAUGUACUGUAUACAGAGAUGUCCAUUUGUUGUUACACAUGUGUAUAUAAUCAGCAUCAUCAGCUGUUAAGUGAACAUUUGUUUCCCAAAUGCUUCCAUAAUUUUUAACAUGAGACUUCUCUUGUGUGCUUGAAUACAGAACUCUUGAUUUCUUGUAUCUCUCUCUGAUACUUAGUCUUGUUAAUAUUAUUUUACCUAUUUAGUUCUUUUCUUUCCACUAGAGGGUACUCGAGCAGACAUCCGACUUAUUUGCAGGCUAAGAGUGCUCCUUUCUCAUAACUGAUCUUGAACCUUAUCCACCUAGCAUUUCGUUUGGAUCACUGUCCAUUAAUCUCUUUAAAACCAGGUCUGAAUUGUCGGUGGGUUAACAGGGGCAAACGUUUAGGAGCAGUGCCCAAUUGUCCCUCCAUGUCCAGUCCUUGAAUCUGGGCUAUUUCCUCUUGCAAGGCAAGCCGGGUUAUGGUAAUAGCCACUCUUCCAUUUAAUUUUUCUUAAUCUAAUAUCUGAAGUUUAGACUAAUCCCAUUCAUUUUCUCCUCAAAAUAUUAUGCCUAGCAUACCUACUUCCAUACUUCUUUGAGAUGCAUAAUUUUUGUAUAUACAGUGGCUGGCAUAUUUUACAUUUGUUAGCACUGCAUUCAUUUUUCAAAUAGUAAGUUACAGUAUAUAUAUAUUUUAUUAUUUCCUGCAUUCUCACAGGCCAGUUAAACUAUAUUGACUUUUGGUAUUGCUCAAUGGGUUUUUGUUAGCUAAAAUAACCAUUAUACAGUACAAGAAGCUUUAGUUUUAGUUAAUUUUUAACCCCGUUCUACUGCUUAUAUUGAUGCUGAUAUUCAUCAACAAUGAUAGAAAAUUGUCAAAAUUUGGUGUUUGAUUACAUAAUCCAUUUAUUUUUGUCAGUCUCCUAGUGAAGUGACUUGAAACUUUCAGCUGCUCUAAAAAAACUUUGGAUAAAUAUUGUUGCUCUGUGUUUUUUUUAAAUUAUAACUUUUC